AACUUAUUCAACUAAUGAUACGAUUUAUGUCACCUGACACACUAGGUCCAGUUUCACAAGUCAGUUUUGGUAUCUUUAGUUCUGAUGAACUGUUAACGGAUGCCUUCCCUGACUAUGCUGUUUCGGAUGAAUGUAAAUUUUCCUGUAAUGACGAAUGUUUUUCCUCAUGCUACAAUGGACUUCCAAGAGCAAACAGCUCCGCUUAUCCGGGGAGGCGAAUCGUUGUCGUCGAUGCCAAUAUCGAAUGCAGAGAAGACGACCCAGAGAAACAGAUGGUUAAUCUCCUUGUAAAGACCUUUGCAGAAUCUAUAUUAACACAUUUAUUUCCAACACAAAUAAUCAGAACAUUGGAAGAAAAUUUAAACAGAACGAAAGAUGUUUGGAAUGUUGAACCACCAACAGCAGUUAAUUACUGGGUUGAAGCAGUAUUAACUUGGUUUAAUGCAAGAAGUUCAAAAGGUGCAAUGAAUGUAUGCAGUCCUAGUGGAGAGCUAUGCUCAUCAGAAUAUGACAAUCGGAUGAACAUGAAAACUAAAGACUCAAUGUUAUUUACAACACUAAGCUCGUUAUUUAAUUAUGAAAGGGACUACUUACUUGGAAAAAUAUCUACAUGUGAGUGGUAGAACCAACUGGAUGAUAUGCAGAGAUUGUGUUUUGUUUUUCAAUUAAGAUUAGUAGUAUCCCGAUAUCUUAGAUCGUGAAUAAUUCUAAUUUACAAAGAAAUAGAUACAGAAGUUAAUUAUUAAGCCAAACAGUCAGUACUUCGGAAGAUUUUCUACUCCAGGAAAAGAUUACUUAAGCUUUAUUUAGCAAAACCUUUUAGAAUUUGGGGUUAUCAAUGCUCUUAAACUUCGCUACUUAUUUUGCCCUUAAACUUCUUUUUAUUUCAGCGGCACUAUAAUGAGUCAUUUUGUAGACGAAACGCUCAUUUGACGUACACUAUUUUAAUCCUGACAACUAUGAUAAGUUUAUAUAAGAAAAAAAUCAUUUAAAUUGAAGAAUUUUAUGUUAUUUUAUUCAAAGUGCUAC